ACUAGCAAAUCCACCCAGCCGGAGUGUCAUCACUAUCAGGCAACAACAACACCAUGAUUGUUGCUCAAAACCACCGCAAAUAUUUUGUGUCCCCGAGUUAAUAAUCAAGCGGCCGCAAAAUGACAACUGACGAGAGCAUUAUGGAGGAGAUGCUGGACCGAGCAACAAAUCCGGCAAAAGAAAGAGUUGACGAGUUGGGCGUUCAGAUGUUCUGCAUUGUGGUCAAGAGCAAUGCCCAGCUGGUGCACAAGGCCCAGGAAAUGAUUGUGGCCAAGGUCCGAUCCGCCAACAUAACGGAGGCGACUCGAGCGAUAUCGCUACUGGAGGAAUGCAUGACACAGUGCGGCGAUGACUUCCAGGACGAGGCGGCCAAGUUUCGGUUUCUGAACGAACUGAUCCGGCUGGUGUCGCGGAAAUACAAGGGCGCUGAGACGCCUCACGAAGUGAAGCAACGGAUCAUGGAGUGCCUGCUGCUGUGGACGACGGAGUUUCCGCAGCGCCAGAAGAUCCGUGAUGCGUACGAGAUGCUGCGCAAGGAGGGGGACAUAGAACACGGCCAGACCGAGGCGGCGGUGGCCAAACGGGAGAGUGUCCUGGGCACCAUUGACGAGGCGAUGUUCGCCAAGCUGAUCAAGAGCAACAAUCCGGAGAACUUCAAGCGAGCAAAUCUCCUGCUGCAGUACCGAAUGGCGCAGGAGGCGCGUCGCAACGAUUUAUUGGCCCAGCACCGAUUGGUGCUCAGCGAAGUCCAGGAGACGAUGGCGCUGCUCAACCAAAUGCUGGACACCUACGAUCCCACUAAUCAGGACGUGGCCGAGACACUGCACGAACUGUACAAGAACUGCAAGAAGCACAAGCCCAUCUUCCAUCAUCUGCCCCAGUUGCUGGACGAUUCCGAUGCCCAGCUAGUAGCGGACACAUUGGAUGCCAAUGGUGCUCUACUGGCCACCAUGCAGCGCUACAAGAAUCUGGUGCCCUCGCCCACUCGAACUGCUAAUCCUGCCUUGGCCACAAGUGCUUCCACAUCCGCUACAAAGUCCACAUCCACAUCACCACUCACAGCGACUGCAUCCGGCUCUGGAACCAACAAUGCCCUGUUGCUCAACGAGCUCCUCGGGGAUUUGCUCAUCGAGAAGAGUGGAGCCAGUCCAGCACCAGCACCAGCACCCAGUGCAGUUGCAGCUCCGAACACUGCCAGCAGUAAUUCCACGUCGGCCAAUCCGUUGGCCGACCUGAACGAAAUCUUUAGCAGUGCCUUGGCCGAAAGUGAGGCAGUGAAAAAGAACCAACCAUUCCAGAACACCAGCACUCUUCUCGAGCCGCAAAUUCUUAGCCCCAGCAUUGCGCCGGACUCCUUGGCCAACGGAGGCUCUGGGGAUUCGGCGAAAAAGCCAGGAACGGCCAGGAAGAUGCCCCAGAUCGAUAUGCUGAGCGAAGAGCUCUUCCAGCAGAUCCUGCCCACACAGGAGCGAAUGGCUAGCUUCAAGCGUGACCCCGAAAAGGUCACCCUCAAUGAUUUGGCUCGCGAAAGGAUGCAUGUCAAGCCGCCGUCCGAGGACAACGAAAAGGAGCCAUCAACCGGAAAGAAUUCUAUCUCUGCUUCCGAUCCAGCGCCUGUGGAUGAUGUUCCACUGCUGAGCGAAACUGUGGAGAAGAAGCCGGAGGAGGUCUCCAAGCCAGUGGAGGAGGUACCAGUGGAGGUGUCGCCUCCUGUCAAGCCGCUCAGCGAGAUUCAGGUGGACCUGGACAGCAUCCAGGCCACGGGAGAGCAGCGCAUCGUACUCAAUGACGACGACAUGCAGCUCAGCCUGAACUUUACCAGCGACCGGCCCGGACAACGGGUCUCCGUGAUUGUGAUAUCGGCGCAGAACAAGAGCCGCCAGCCCGUCCGGGACUUUCAGUUCGAGGCGAGCGUAAAAAAACCCUGCAAGGUGCGCCUGCUGCCGCCGACAGAUAGCGAGAUGCCUCCGCACAAGCCCUUCCGUCCGGCCACGCCCAUCAACCAAGUGAUGCUCCUGCUGAACCCCACAGGCAAGGCUGUCGACGUUACCUGCAUCGUGGGCUAUAAACUGGGCGAUGAUCCCGAUCCCAUCAAGGAAUCCGUUGUAGCCCAGGGCAUUGCCUACGUGGACUAAAUUACGGGGAAUCCCCCAGCUCCCCCGGCUACCAAAAAUUCAAAAAAAAAAGUCAAAAGUUGAAGAAAAGUCAAUUCCAUUGCUAUUUCUGUUGCUGUUUUCCCCUUUUUUUCACAUCUAAAAGAUGGAAAAAUUUUAUUCGGGGUUUCCUUUGUGUUUAUUUAAAAAAAAAAUUAUUGUUCAUAAUUGAUUUAUAUUUAUGCCCAUAAGGUUUUUAUUUAAAUUGCAAUUUGCAUACCCACGAUUUAGUCGUAAUAUAAUAAUUAUGUAUCAAAGGUUUAUAAAUUAUUAUUGAAAAAGUC